AUGGCUGCGCAAUCUAAACCUGAAAUCUCCCCAUGGGGUCGCGCCGUGGCUGGCGCAACAGGCGCUGUCCUGGCCAACGCGCUGGUUUACCCCCUAGACAUUGUCAAGACUCGCCUUCAAGUCCAAGUCAAACCAGAUCCCACCAAAGGCCCUUCCACGACCGACGAACCACACUACACCUCAACUUGGGAUGCCAUCUCGCGGAUAGUUUCUGAUGACGGAAUCAAAGGCCUAUACGCUGGCAUGAACGGUUCCUUGAUUGGGGUCGCGUCAACCAACUUUGCCUAUUUCUACUGGUAUACCAUAGUCAGAACUUUGUAUUUCAAGUCACGCAGGACAGACGCGAGCCCUUCGACCAUCGUGGAGCUGGCUCUAGGUGCUGUUGCAGGAGCCAUUGCCCAAGUCUUUACAAUCCCUAUUGCGGUGGUUACCACGCGUCAGCAAACAGCCAACAAGUCUGAUCGCAAGGGUCUUAUAGCCACAGCCCGUGAGGUUGUUGAUGGCCCAGAUGGUGUGUCGGGACUUUGGCGUGGACUCAAGGCCAGUCUGGUCCUUGUCGUUAACCCUGCUAUUACUUAUGGCGCGUACGAACGGCUAAAGGAGGUGCUAUUCCCGGGAAAAGCUAGCCUGAGACCAAGCGAGGCAUUCCUGCUGGGUGCUAUGUCGAAAUCACUUGCGACUAUUGCUACUCAACCUUUGAUCGUGGCCAAGGUCGGCCUUCAAUCCAAGCCACCACCAGCCCGCAAUGGCAAGCCCUUUACCAGUUUCGUCGAGGUUAUGAAGUUCAUCAUCGAGCAUGAGGGUAUGCUGGGGUUGUUCAAGGGCAUUGGACCGCAAAUCCUCAAGGGACUUCUCGUCCAAGGAAUUCUGAUGACAGCAAAGGAGAGGGUUGAGCUGAUGUUCGUCCUCUUCAUCCGAUACAUCAAGUCCAUCCGUCUUCGCAAAAGCAACCGGGCCACCGAGAAGACUGCCGCCGCCGCCGCCGCUGCAGCUGCACACAGCGUUGCGGCCAAGCCGAUGACAACCGUGUAG